AUGGCCCCUUUGCCGGCCCCUUAUAAUCGGCAUCAGCAACCUCUGCAGGCUUUCCCACCUGCAGGUUUCCAUGGCAAUCCUGGGCUUCCUGUGCCGCCGCAGAGCCGGCCCUGGGCGUAUGCAAAGCUUGUCCUGCACACCUGCGCCUUUGUGGCGGCCGCUGCGGUAUUUGGUCUCACAUGCUCGUACCUCGCCUACAGCGUGGCGCGGUCCGCGAUCCAUGUUAUCAACUUGCCAGUGUCCAUUGCCGCGAUGGCUUGGACGCUGGGCAAUGUGAUUACUUUCACGGUCUGCAAUAAAGGAAUCCGUGUGGGCAGAAACUUCCAGGAGGGCGUUCAUCCUGGCGCAAACGUUGGCUUGCACCUGGUGCUAUGGAUGGCUUGGGUCCUGGCGCUUGUCAUCACUGCUUUCACUGGCGAGUCCAUUCAAAACGCGUACGAUCGUUGCGUUAAUGCGAGCAAGGAGGACGACACUUUCUACGGGUACAACAGCGAUUACUCGUAUUAUUGCAGGGGUUCAUACCAAGGCAAGGAGGAUCGCAUGAUUGGUUCGGACAUUCCUCGCCUCAGGGCCAUGCUCAUCUUCUGCAUCGUGGCGUUGGUUCUCCAUUUCGCCCUCUUCGUUGGGGCUUGCGUCGACACUCAUAUGCGGAACCGGAACAAGCGUGCUCGUAUCAUCUACGUGGCGGCUCCGCCUCCCAUGAUGGUACCGCCGCCGCAGGGCGGCUGGAACCAGCAUUUCCCGGCGCCUCCGCCACCAGGAAUGGUGUUCCCCAUGGCACCAAUGCAGCAACAGGCAUAUGGUUCGCCUCAGCCUGGUGCCUAUCACUUCCCAGGUCAGCCACAGCAGCAGCAACAACAACAACAAACACAAACACACCACGGAGAGAAGACUGCGGCGUCAAACCCCUCUCCCAUGAUGGCGGGAUACUAUACCCCGGCUCCGCCGGCGCCUGUUGCGAGACACCCUCAACCUACGCAACCGCAAAUUCCGCUUGGAGGUUAUUAUGCACCGUCUGGCCCAACACAUGCGAAUUCCCAGUGA